UAUGCUGUAUACACCUCUGUGGUAAAAGCUAAGACACUACAAUUUUAUAACUAUAGAAUGUGUACAUGGGAAGGCACAAUAUUUUACCCAAAUUACUCUCUCUCUCUCUUAAAUGCUACGAUUGGAGAUGAACAGAGUCCACGCCUUCUGGUGCAGUCACUGAAAGUAGGGGGAUAACUUCAGUGUUCUAAUACACUGCGCGGGCAACGAGCAGAUAAAAUGGGAGUGCGUGAGCAGGUGAAGAGCAUUUUAUUAUACCUCUGCGUCUGUAGUCAUGUUUGUACUGAAGAGUGGGAACUCACGCUGCUUCAUACCAACGAUGUCCACGCACGGGUUGAGGAGACAAGCAAGGACUCCGGCAAAUGCACCAAGCCUCCGUGUUUUGCCGGGGUGGCACGGAGAUUUACGAAAAUAAAGGAGAUCCGGAACCGAGAGAAAAAUGUGAUGCUGCUGGACGCAGGCGAUCAAUUUCAAGGAACCGUUUGGUUUAAUGUAUAUAAGGGAGCAGAGGCUGCACAUUUUAUGAACAAACUUGGCUACGAUGCAAUGGCUCUGGGGAAUCAUGAGUUUGACAAUAAAGUGGAGGGACUUAUCAAGCCGUUUCUCCAGGAGGUGAAGUGCACAGUCCUCAGUGCUAACAUCAAAGCAGACGACACACUAGCACCUCGCAUCAGUGGCCUUUAUUUCCCUUAUAAGGUAUUUGAUGUGGACUCUAAGAAAGUGGGCGUGGUGGGAUACACAUCAAAGGAGACGCCUGCUCUGUCACAAACAGGACCUAACUUAGUGUUUGAGGAUGAGAUUGAUGCCCUCCAGCUCCAGGUUGACAAACUAAUCACUUUGGGGGUCAACAAGAUUAUCGCCCUUGGUCACUCUGGCUUCGUUACAGACAAAGAAAUAGCCAGAAGGGUAAAGGGUGUGGAUGUGGUCAUCGGAGGACAUAGUAACACCUUUCUGUACACAGGAAAACAGCCUUCCUCUGAGGUCCCGGCAGGUCCCUACCCGGUCAUAGUAAGGUCAGAGGGUGGGCGUGACGUCCCUGUGGUGCAGGCCUUUGCCUUUGGGAAAUAUCUGGGUUACCUCAAGGUAACGUUUGACGAAGCUGGCAACGUGCUCCAGUCCACAGGCAACCCCAUCCUUCUGGACAGCUCUGUACCAGAGGACCCCAGUAUUCUGGCUGAAGUCAACGAGUGGAAAAAGGCCCUGGCAAAUUACUCCUCCCAGUAUGUGGGGGAGACCCUGGUGUAUCUCAAUGGAACGUUUGAAGAGUGCAGGUUCCGAGAGUGCAACCUGGGAAACCUAAUCUGUGACGCUAUGGUACACCACAACAUUAAAUAUGCAGAUGAGCUUCAGUGGAACCAUGUUAGCUCCUGCAUCCUCCAAGGGGGAUCGAUACGGUCAUCCAUAGAUGAGCGGAGUCGAAACGGUUCCAUCACGAUGGAGGACCUCAUUGCUGUGUUGCCGUUUGGAGGCACCUAUGAUCUGGUUCAGCUGAAGGGAUCUACUCUGAGGAAGACUUUUGAGCACUCCGUCAGGAGAUAUGGAGGGAACACAGGGGAAUUCCUUCAAGUAUCAGGAUUUCAUGUAGAGUAUGAUAUGUCGAGGCCCCCUGGGGAGCGCGCUAGGAGUAUUAGUGUGCUCUGUACGGACUGCCGGGUGCCAGUCUAUGAGCCUCUGGACGACAGAAGGCUAUACAAGGUGGUCCUGCCCUCAUACAUGGUGGAAGGAGGAGACGGAUUCUCCAUGAUUAAAGAGGAGAACCUGAAACAUGACAGCGGUGACAUGGACAUAUCGGUGGUGGCCAGCUACAUUGCUGAGAGGAAGAAGGUGCACCCGGCUAUAGAGGGACGUAUCAAGAUUUCCAACUCAGCUUCAGGGGGGCCUGGUCACAUGGCUCUGUUAAUCAUGCUGGUGCUAGUGAUGGCUCUGUUUGGGAGACUAUGAGAGAUCCCUGGCUGCAAUCAUGAUGCAAAGCUCACCAUUGGAUAUGUUCUUCUCACCAACAGCAUUCAAGGGAAGAGCUCAACUCUAGUUAGUCUAUUGAGUACAAAUUGAACAGGGAUAUGGUGAAUGGAUAUUUCACCAAUGCUCUCAGAUUUUUCUUUCUAAAUACUGCAGUUUGAUAUGAAAUUCGCUAUUGAAACUUCAGGGAAAAUACUGUAAAUGUAUUAUCCUAUGGCAAAAACUAGAAAUGAUGCACUGGUAAGUCUCAUGUACAGUCGCUGCUGUCAAGCUCUUGGUCUGCGAUCCAGUUUGAGCAUAAACAUACAUUUGCUUAUGUACUCUUAACAGAUGGAAACAGAUGACCGGUGCUUGUUUAAGUGUGUGCCCCUGGCAGAGCCUGCUUAACCAGCAUUAGGACUGAAGCGUUUCAGGUUUUGGGUCAUUUCCGAUUGAGCCGACAUAUGCAGUCUCCGCUAACGGGGGACAUUGCCUUUAAAUGUCAAUCACGCUGUAGCACCGAAUGUCCAUGAUACGGAUAGAAUAGACUUUAUGAGAUAGGGUGUCCAAACACAGAGCUCCAGAAUAGUUAUGUCAAUAUUUUGAAGCUCUUUUAGACAUGAAAUAUAAUCUCUCAAAGUGGGAUAAACAAGUAGUGAUCAACCUUUUGUAAACAUUUAGAGAACUCUAUUUACAGGACAUACCCACUCAAAGUAACGAGGUAGCAGGAAACUGAUACACUUGGUAUUCUUGAUUCACACAGGAAACUGUUGAGUGAAAAACCCAGCAGCGUGGCAGUUCUUGACACAAACUGGUGCGCCCAGCACCCUAUUACCAUACCCCGUUCAAAGGCACUGAAAUAUUUUGUCUUUAUCAUUCAGAUUGAAGUGGAUUUAACAAGUGACAUCAAUAAGGGAUCCUAGCUUUCACCUGAUCAUGGAAAGAACAGGUGUUCUUAAUGUUUUGUACACCAAAGAGGGAAUGUUUUUCUCUGAGUUGUAAUUUCUAAAUAGCCUAUGAUAAAUUGUGACCUAACAUUUUAGAUUUGGUGUUGUGAUAUUGCAACAAGGUUGGUAAUAGUACAAUAUACUGAUGAUAUGUACCUAAAGCCUGAAGGUUAUACAGGUAAAUAAACAAAUUGUUCUCCUUACUGUUUUUUGAACAUCUAGCAGCUAUUUCUGCAUAUAAAAACGGGUCACCAACUGUAACAAUUCAACAGUAAAAAUACCAAUAAAUUGUCAUGACCAGAAGAAGAAAAAAGAGCUCAUCUUAAACUUGUUAAAAACAAAGAAAAACACAUGAACUAUGAAAUGCCGCCCAGGCGUAAUUCCAUUGAAUGUAGUAUUUCUCAAAGGAAAGAAUUACAUAACUUCCCUCACAGUUACUCUUUAACUUGUGAGUGGUGUAACCUUGAGCUUUGCUGCUCUCACUAUUCAUCAGAUCUCUGUCAGGGCCACGGGUGUAGAGUAGUAUUCUGAGGACAAGGACCAUUCUGUCUCUGGAUUGCUCACAGAAACACAAGCUUUAUUAUUCACAGGGGCCAGCUAUUAGUCUCCACUGAUGGCUCUGACCCAGCUGGCUCUGACCAGUGGGAAUGUACAUGGUGUUGCCAAUUACCACAUCCACGGAACACUGCAUGGAAAGUAUCUCCUUUUCACAGUGGACUAAAACAUUAUCAGGGCAGAAAUGAGACUCCAAGGAGGGAAGGGAGAUGGAAAUCACAUUAGGUCAUAUGCAGGACACAACCUCAUUUUAGAAAACAGAAGCUG